UCAUUCUUCAUUCGGAAUCGUACUAUAUCCUGCUAUAUCCCAAUCCUACAAAUACCUAACGAACUGCGUUCACUACUUCGGCAGAAAUAUUUACUGUCCUGUCAUGAUUAUCGUGUUGAAGUUUGAAAAAUAAUAACCCAAUAUAAUGGCGGGCUCAGCACUACGACGUUUAAUGGCAGAAUAUAAACAAUUAACCCUAAAUCCACCGGAGGGUAUAAUUGCAGGUCCAAUUAAUGAAGAGAAUUUUUUCGAAUGGGAGGCUUUGAUAACUGGUCCCGAAGGAACGUGUUUCGAAGGUGGUGUUUUUCCAGCUAAACUUAUUUUCCCACCGGAUUAUCCUCUGAGUCCACCUAAAAUGCAAUUUACCUGUGAAAUGUUUCAUCCAAACAUUUACGCAGAUGGGCGAGUCUGUAUCAGCAUUUUGCAUGCUCCUGGUGACGAUCCAAUGGGCUAUGAAAGUAGCGCUGAAAGAUGGAGUCCUGUUCAGAGCGUUGAAAAAAUAUUGCUCAGUGUUGUGAGCAUGCUGGCCGAGCCGAAUGAUGAAAGUGGAGCGAACGUCGAUGCUGCUAAAAUGUGGAGAGAGGAUCGACCGGAAUUCGAAAGAAUAGCGCAAAAACUUGUUCGCAAAACCCUUGGCAUUCCAACUUAAGAAAUUAUACCGUUCAUUUGAAAAAAUCCCACUAUUAAUGAUCGAAUGAUGUAACAGUGCAGCGACAGACCGAUAAAUAAGAAAUAAUUUUUCGUUAUACUAAGGUGAAUAUUAUUUUUGUUUUGUUUCGUAAAUAGGAUCGAUAUUAUUGGAUAUUAAAAUGACUUGUAGCAUG